AUGGCGCAAACUCGGCACCCUCAGCAGCAGCAGCAGCCGCCCCCUCAAUUCACUUCUCAACCUUUCUCUCCUCCUGUCUCCUCUCCCUCACCUCACUCUGCCUCUUCGCCCGUAAAUGGAGGCGCAGCACCUCCCCCAUCCAAACGGCCUCGACUUUCUCCGCUUCCAUCAUCGCAGUCGCAGUCCCCCUAUGCUUCACCAAGCUUUGGAGCGAUGCAACUCCCUCAAGCUCAACUUCCACCCCAACACCCGCCUCCCAUGAACGGCACUGCUCCGAACAAUAUGCCACCACCCCCGGGCACUAUGGGGCCGCCUUCGCGUCCUGUAGAUAAAACUACCGAUGCCGCGGAGUUGACGGAUGUUCUGGCAUCAUCGGGUAUCGACGUGCGAGAGGAAGAGGCAUUUCUUACGCGCAGCUUCUCGGGGCCUAACGCGCAGGCGCAGCCGGCUCCUCGAGGGCAAACACCCCAUCAUCCACCACCCAUCAACACAUCGUUUGCAUCUCAAACAUCGGCUGGGACUCUUUCGGCAUCCAGCAGUUUUGGCGACAUGUCCCACGUCAAACCGGCGAUUCCGCAACAGUCAUUCUCCGACCCGGCCUCGCAAACCCAAGUCCCCUUCAAAGACCCCAAUGAGCCGACUCGUGAGGAUACAGAAGCGGCAAGGCGGGCACAAUAUCAUCUACAAGAGCCAUUCUUGUUAGCCAAACUGCUCGAGCAGAAAAUCCAGAAACGAGGCUUCGACCUUGGUGUUCGCAUCCCCUCUGAGGGUCUUUUCCAUCCCGUUCCCGGCCGGCCGCAGCCUAUCGAAGUUACUGGGCCUGAUGGAUCGUCCGUUAUCCGUACCGGUCAAACCAUUCUGAAUCAGGAGGGGGCACCCCUGGUGGACAUCCUGAAUCUGAUGUCUCUGUCUUGCGAAGAGCGACUACGAGGCAUCAUUGAUUAUUCUUCAUCCCUAUCUCGCAGCCGUCAGGCACACUCACAUGGCGUGGUUCCCGAUGAAUGGCAGGAUGUCGCGCAGCCUUUGAAUCCAGUCACUGGGAAUACGGCAACUCCUUCCAAGCGCCCUCGUCCUGGUACCGAAACCUCCCUUACAAGACCAGUCGCCGAGAAAUACCGCGCCCUUGUGAGUAAAGAGUCCUCACAGGAGAACAAACGUGAAGCCAAACGCGCGAAGCGUAACGCAGAUGCCACUGUUGAUGAGUUCACCGGCAAUCGUGCCGAUUCUGUCGACAUCACUGCAUCCGCUCCCUCGACACCUAUCGGCGAACGAGCCCCUAGCUUCGAUAAGAAGUCUAUGACCAAGAAGGAAGCGAAGAAGAUGAUGGACUCCAAAGCCAGUGAGGCGCAGCAGCACCAGCAGUCCGUUGAAACGGCCCGUUUAGCAACUAAUAGCAUGCUUUCUGGCCGUAUGUUCGGAACCAAGAAGUCAUACUCGUGGUUGAAGCCCGGAGGCUCUUCCAGUGGGUUCUCAUCGCCAUCACGCGCCGCUCCUUCCACACCUACUGCCACGCCAGAUAAGCCCGGCCGCUCUGGAGAAACACCAGCUGGCCAGCCAAAGCGACGAAUUGGAACGUGGCGCGAGGAUUCAGAGAAGGGGUCUGGCAUUCAGGUCCGGGAUCUCUUAUUCAUGCUCGAGGCAGAUGGACGAGGAAUUAAACACGUGCAACGAGGCUACUCGAAGGAUCCCAAGGAGGAUCGCUCAACGUGA